AUGGCCAACGAGGACAUGCAGCCGUCUUCCGUGGGCGACAAAGCGGCCCUCUACGCUGCAACGGAGGAGGCCGACGUCCGCGAACCGCCCCAAGAUACUUGUGAACCUGAAAAUUCUUACAGUCCUCGGUUGUUUUCGCCCACUGCCCCUCCCGCCGGAGAACAGCCUCCAAGUCUGCCCGGGACUUCUGUGGAAGAUCCCGAUUCGGACCGAAGGUUCAACGCCACCGAGUCCGUGCAAACAGUAAACCCGGGUCUGAAAUGCCGGACGUACAGGAAACGGUUUUACUUCAUUCGCCACGGCCAGUCCCAGAACAAUGCAGUCAGUUUGAACGACCAGACUCAAGUGGAGAGCUUUGCUGUUCCUUCCUCUUGCCUCACUCGUGCCGCGAACAAAAGAACAGGCGAAGGUGCCAGGACACGUGCGCCAGACGAGCGCAGCAAGUUCCGUCGAUGUCAAGAGCCACUGGCGUCGAAGCAACGGCCUCGUCCCGUCAAGAGCGAAACAAGCGGUGCAACAAGUGCAGAACCAGCUGACAGGCGCGUACCGGACCCAUCAGUCACGGAUCUUGGCAAAGCACAGGCCGCUCAAGCAGCCAGAUGGGUUCAGGAGCAUGUUCGGCAGGUCCUGCAGCGACCUCGGCGUCGGAGAAGAGACGGCGAGGAAAGGGACACGCAGACACCAAAAGUGACGAGAAUUAUUUGCUCGCCAAUGCGGCGCUCUGUCGAAACAGCUGCUGAAAUGAGCAAGGUGUUGCAAGCUGAAGUCUACAUCCACCCGUUGUUGUUCGAGCAAGGCGGCCUUUUCCGGGGUCCGCGGAAAUUCCGUCCCGGCUGUCGGUCUUCGUCAAUUGGCGACGGCGUGAAGGCAACGAACGGGGCAACUGUUUCCGAUCCCGCUAGAAGGGAUCGCCCUCAAACACAGAUCACCGUACACGGUGGCAGUCAACAGGAAUCAGGUCCGCACCCCGUUUCGACGCAAGAAAGCGACAAAGGCACACAGGGGCAGAACGUGAGAAGCCUAGAAAACACGACAGGGAGCGGUCUUGGCGGGGAUGAUGCCCCGCUUGGUAUGACGCUCGAUGAAAUCCUUCAGAUUAUCCCACACGCCGCAGUGAUCCCCGUCGCUGCCGACACCGGAGACUGUCAUAUGUCGCGACCGAAAUCAGAAGUGCGGCACAUCAGGCCGGAACGUGAUACCGAUACCCGUCCACCUGCCUUUAAAGCGCGAAGCUCGCUUCGAGAAAGCGGAGACCGAUCGCUCGGCUCGUCAUGCGACGCAGGUGUCGGCGGGGGCUACCGCCCCGACUGGGCUGCUGCUAGGCGACACGCCUGGUGGCAGGGUGGCCGGGAAACGCUCAUUCAGACGGUGCAGCGGGCACGGCAAGUCAUUUUGUGGAUGGAGAAGCAGUGCCUGCAGACCGAGGAGACAGGCGGUAGCAUCUUGAUGAUUAUGCAUGGAUUGAUGAUGGACUUGCUUCUGAAAGCCCUGUUCUUCCCCUUUCCUUCUUCCGACUCGCCCGCCCCCUACUUGGAUUUGCUGCUCGACUUUCUGCGCCAUCAAGAGGCCUUAACGGGCGUUCCGAUCUACAACUUGCCGCAGCAAGCAGCCUACUUCCCUUCGAGCAACUGCUCCUUCUGUUGUCUUGAACUGGCCGCCAGGUCUGUACGUCCUCGGGCGCGGCACCUUUCGUCGGAGGCUAACGGCUGCACUCCCAGCCAAAGAAAGGGACAGCUCCGGCAGCCGCAUCAGCUUCCGGGCAAAAGGGAGGGGUCAGCGGAAGCAGAGGGAGAAGGGCGCCCCGGGGGAAAAAAAGCGUCUGGGGAAAGCCACCACUCCAAGACUGCGCUCGACACAACAUCUGCCGAAGCGGUCGAGGCGGAGGGAGUCCGGUUGAGCUUCUGUGCCAGUCAAGAGCCCAGGCUGGUUGCUGCGUUGGUGCAGUGGAAUACCCCGACUGUCGAGCCUCAGUUGUAUACAGGGCAUACCGUGGGUGCCUCCGUGCUGAUGUCUAUCUAA